CUCACACGGGCGCUCAUAUCUGUGGAAACCGCCCGGUGUGGAGCGAAGGGGAGCAGUUUUUGUUCAAUGUUUCUACAUUUAGGACUCCUUUCAUGUAUUGAUGGAUAAUUCGAUGUUGCGCGUGCUUUUAUAUGUGCUCGUAUUUUGCGUGUUGGGCACGACAGCGCGUGGACGAAAAGAUGUGCUCGAGCUCAAAGACGCCGACUUCGAUUACCUCGCGCCCGAGCACGAGACCCUGCUCGUGAAGUUUUAUGCACCAUGGUGUGGCCAUUGUAAGAAACUUGCCCCAGAGUUUGAAAGUGCUGCUACUCGACUGAAGGGAACAGUAACUCUAGCCAAGGUUGACUGUACCGCUAAUACUGAGAUCUGUAAGCGCUAUGGGGUCACUGGAUACCCAACACUCAAAAUAUUUCGUAACGGACAGGAAUCAUCAUUGUAUGAUGGGCCUCGCUCUGCAGAUGGAAUUGUGGACUAUAUGAAGAAGCAGGCAGGGCCUGACUCUGUGCACCUUAAUAGUGAUUAUGAUUUGGAAAACUUUAUUAAUCACUUUGAUGCCAGUGUAGUUGGGUUCUUCUCAGGCAGAGACAGCUCUCAACUGGCAGAGUUUCUUAAAGGAGCCAGUUUAAUGAGGGACACUUUCCGAUUUGCUCACACCACAGACCUUCAGCUGGGACACAAAUAUGACGUCAAAUAUGAAUCUGUGCUUCUAUUCAGACCCCCCAGACUGAGCAGCAAGUUUGAGGAGAGUGUUGUGCACCAAAGAGGACCAAUGUCCAUCACAGGCCUGCGUCGCUUCAUCAGAGACAACAUUUUUGGACUCUGUCCCCACCUGACCAAGGAAAAUAAGGAUACAUUGAGGAAAAAGGAUUUGUUGACUGCAUACUAUGACUUGGAUUACCUUCUCAACCCCAAAGGCUCCAACUAUUGGAGAAACAGAGUGUUGAAGAUUGCAUCUCAGUACAGUUCUCGGGGUCUGCUGUUCUCUGUGGCUAACCGUAAUGACUUCAUGGAUGAGCUUGAAGAUGAGUUUGGUCUGGGCGCAUCAGACGGGACCGAGCUGCCGUUUGUCACCAUCAGGACACGAACAGGACACAAAUACACCAUGAGAGAGGAAUUCACACGAGAUGGGAAGUCUUUAGAGAGUUUUCUGGAAGACUAUUUUGCUGAGCGACUGAAACGUUACAUUAAAUCUGAGCCUGUGCCUGCCAAAAACAAUGCACCAGUCAAGGUGGUUGUGGCAGACACGUUUGAAGAGAUAGUGAAUGACCCAGAGAAAGACGUGCUUAUCGAGUUUUAUGCACCGUGGUGCGGCCACUGUAAAAAACUGGAGCCCAAGUAUACAGAGCUGGGAGAACAGCUAUAUGGUGAUCCCAAUAUUGUAAUUGCAAAGAUGGACGCAACUGCCAACGAUGUCCCACAGGGCUAUGACGUACAAGGAUUUCCUACAAUAUAUUUAGCCUCCGCUGGGCGAAAGGAUGAGCCAAAAAGAUAUGAGGGAGCUCGUGAAGUGAAGGAUUUUAUCAACUUCCUGAAGCGCGAGGUAUCUAAGCCUCUAGUCCUGAAUGGAGUCAAAGAAGAACUGUGAAUAUUUUAGUUGAAAUAUUGGUGUAUUUAUGUUGCAGAUUCUUUGCAACUCCGAGUGCAACUUUCAGUUCAACCAUACAAACACAAUUUGCAAUGUCAGAGAAGUGGGGGGGUUAUUUGUUAUAUAUUUGUUGCAUGAGCUUCUUAACUGUGCUUAUAAUCAUUUACCUCUUGGGAACUACUGGUCAGCCUGUAUUGAUCACUGUUGUUCAUCAUAGAUCAAUAUUCAUACCUCACAGUAAAUUUGAAUCUUUUUGUAGAUUGGAUAACUGGCUUAUCAAAUUAUACAUGUUUUUGAUUGCCAUUUCUUGCUCCUGAUUUGCUACUGAACUGAUCAUAUAGAAUGCCAUCUUUUAACCCAUCUCUUGCAAGCCAGUGUGUUUCUGUCUUAUUUUCUCUGAAGACUGUUUUAUUUAAUGAAAAUUACACAUUACUUUUACUAUUUCAUUGAUGAUAGAUUGGCUGAAAACUUGUUGGCUAUUUAAAGUUCAUGGUGUUUAUUUUUUGACUAUAUAUGUGAAGUCUGGGUGCAAGAGUUUCUACAGUAAAUUACGUCUAGUCAUUUUAGUAUUUUUUUCUACAUUAUAUGCCUUAAGAUUUCGUAUGUAGGGAAUCUGUUUGAUAUUUAAACAAGCUCUCUGUUCUGCUGACUUGAAUACUCAUUUCUGAGCAGGAAAUACUGAAGAUUCAGAUCUUGUUUAUUAAAAGACAAUGACUGGCUUUUUCUUUAUUUCAUAGCUCAGACACAUAUGGAAUCUCUUUAAAGAUUGAAGCAAGAUGUUAAUAUUAUGCUUAAUUACUUGGUUUAAAUAUGUGAAUGAAGCACACACGCCAAUCUGCCACAACAUUAAAACCACAUAAUAUUGUGUAGGUCCCCCUCGUACAGCCAUAACAGCACCAACCUGCUUCUCAGAACAGCAUUCAGAGAUUAUAUUCUUCUCACCACAAAUGUACAGAGUGGUUAUCUGAGUUACCGUAGACUUUGUCAGUUCAAACUAGUCUGGCCAUUCUCUGUUG